AUGGGGAACCCUCCCAAGAUCAUCCCUCACACUUCUAACAUCGCAGUCCCUCCUAACACGACCUUCUUUCCUUCCCUCAGGCUGAACAAGAGUCACAGGGCGGCCCAGGACGCUGAGUACCCGGCCUACGGUGUGACGGGCCCCAACAAAGACCUCUCUCCCUCCGGGGACCGCAAGCUGGCACAGUCCGCCCACAUGUACCACUACCAGCACCAGAAGCAGCAGAUGAUCGCCCUAGAAAAGUCCUCGGGAGGGGAGCGCCACGGGUCCACCUCUGACGUGGACUCCGAGGAGGAAGGUGAAGAGAACGAGUACACGGUCUACGAGUGCCCCGGCCUGGCCCCGACUGGCGAGAUGGAGGUGAAGAACCCGCUUUUCCACGACGACCCCACCCCGGCCACGCCCUCCAUCAGGAAGGAGGCGGAGCAGAACCACCACGACCACCACGACGAGGACACGACCACCAAGUGAACGCGACCUGCACGGCUCGAGUGGCUGACCAAGUUCAUUUAUACGUAAAUAGCUAACAAAGGGAAAUACUAAUACUGUAUAGUGGUUAUUAAGCAAGCUGAAGCGACGACGACGACAAGUACUAUCUUAUUAUUGUAUAGUGAUGAUGAAGGAAGCUGACACGACGAGGAAGCAACAUAAUGAGUGGAUUUGAAACGUUUCUGGCAAAUAGUGAAGGAGCUGAGGACGGAAUGGACGCACGGUUAGGAUGUUGAGGGUUAUUGUGAAAAAAAUGUGUAUCAGGGAAAGGAAGAAAUUGUUUGGAUAAGAGAUAAGAAGAUAAAACUAUGAAUAAGCCUGCUACACACACACACACACACACACACACACACACACACACACACACACACACACACACACACACACACACACACACACACACACACACACACACUUCGACACUUUUAAACGCUUGUGUCCUCACUAUACACACAAUCCAAGGUCUCUCUCAUAGACUGGAAUAGUUUGCUUUGCCACUGAACAAGAAAAACACACACACACACACACACACACACACACACACACACACACACACACACACACACCUCGCAACGACUAUCCUCUCACAUCACACCUGACUCUCUGACGGGAUCGCGACAACACCUGAAGAAAAGGGAUAAAAAAACAAAAACAGUCUCGCAGGUACACAAGUGAUGAUUAGCGAAAACAUUACAGGUAAAGCUUCUCCGUCGUCAUUGCAGGAGCAGCGUGUGGAUAACUUCUUUUUUUCAUGGCCUUUGAGUUUUCUCCUUUAUCGUGAAAAAAGAAGAUUUAACUGAGUGAAAUAAGACCACAGUUGAGCCUCCAUAACACAGACAAAGAACCGGAAAUUACAGUAAGGCAGAUAAGAGGACAUACCAACCAUUAGCAUAUGUGAUUCUUCGCCAGCUUCAAAACACUGAUAGAUCCAGAAUUUAGAGAUAUAAUAACGAUUUUUUUACAGUAAAGGGAACAGCUCAAGGACAAAAAAUAAAUAAAAACAAUUAAAAAAACGCUAGCGCUGCUCCUAUGAAAAUAAAGUAAAGAAGAGCACCCAAAAGAGAGGUCAGUUUAGGAUGGAAAGUCAAUAUCAGAUGGAAGUCAAUGCAUAAUUAUAAGCACGCCUAUACUAGAAUCCACAUAACACUGUCAAGCGUCUAUUAACCAUGCAAAUAAACGGAAAUAAACUAACAUCAAGACAGACAAGACACUAUUACCGGUCAUCGCCUUGCGCCACUUCUACUCGUCAGCUUCGUAUAGCCUCAGAACACUAUGUAAAAGUUGGGUCUUUGAAAAAAAAAAAAGUAGCCACAAAAAGAAGAUAUUACGUGUGAUGAAAACGAACUCCAAAACUUUAAGGACGCGGUUCCAAUAUCUUUUUCGUUCUAUCUCGUUUGCUAUUGAAGUUUUUUCGGCAAAUCAUGUAUCGUUUAGUACAAAAUGUAUGAUGAUGAUGAUGAUGAUGAUGAUGUUAUAACGCUGUGUUGCAGACCGGGGGCGCGUCACGUUGGGGCAGGAUGGUACAGGAGCCUCACCGUCAAGGCCUCGAGUGGGCUGUAAACCGUUUCAAACCCUUUCUCUUCCACGGCAGACAGACACGACAGACAGUAUUACCUUUACCAGCCGCGACAGGGAGAGCUGAACCUAAAUAAAUAAAAAGCAUGAAGUAUCUACGUUUCACCAUUAAAAGAGACGGGUUUUUUUCUCUCUCAUUCAUUCAGUUCAUGCACGGAAAAAAUUUAUUAUCUCUUGAUGUUCGCCAUAGAUUGCCUUUUUUCAUGGAAGGAUUAAAAAGUAAAAGCUACCAAUGUUUGUCACAGGAUAAACAUAUUACACCUCUAUUUUUUCUUCUUCAUUCACUCAUUCACUUCAUAGAGAAGAAAAUAAUAACAAUAAUUACUUCUAUCACUUAACCGUAUUUUCUUUCAAAUUUUCUUUCAUUUCACGAAAAAACAACAGCAUUAACAACAACAACAAUAAUAAUGAUAAUAAUGAAAAAUCUAAUAACCUUGAAAUACCUACGUGAGGAAAAUAAUUCAUGUUUUCUUUCACUCAUUCAUUUAAUUCGUGAAAAAGAGUAUGUCAGUAUAUACACACAGCCAGUUGACAGUCCUCCUCUUACACCAAUAACUUCACCAUGCCGGCAGCCACUUGAAACAGUCGCCUACACUCAGCGCCGGAGACAAUAAGCAGGAACGUCAGGUCAGCCUCAGUCACCUCGUAGCAGCGAUCGCGUGCUCUCCGUGCUCCUCCUCCCUGCCGUCGUGCGCUGCGCCGCCGCCACUCAACCCCGCGUUUACGUAUAUUUCUCAUGUAGCUCUGGCAGGAGUCUCUCUCGUUCUCGGUGUAAAAAGAACUCUAGGGUAUAUUCGCCUCUUUUUAGUACCCAGCCUUCCAGUUAGUACUCAUGUGAAGAGUAUAACUAGUCCCAAAAAUAAGGUGAGUUGAUAUAUAUUAAACUUCUACUAUUGUCAGGAUAAAGACUGAUCCGUCGGUUUUAUCGUGACUACUUCCCACUGCAUACGUCAACUCAGUGUUUCAGGUUGUUUUUUUUCCUUACUGGCAUGAGUGCUAAAUGGAAUGACACGUACAAAAUGGAACGGCAAAUGAACCCUAGGCAACUAUACAUAAGUAAAAAAAAAAAGCCAUAUCCAACUUUUACAGUAACGCCCUCAGAGCUUAUACUACUACUACUACUACUACUACUACUACUACUACUACUACUACUACUACUACUACUACUAUUACUACUACUGCUACUACUACCACUUCUACCACUUCUACUACUACUACUACUACUAUUACUACUACUGCUACUACUUCAACUACUGCUGCUACUAUUACUAUUGCUACUAAACUAUUAUUGUCCUAGUCAGAAUAAGGUUACGUCCUAGCCUCAUCAUAAUAUUCCUUUAUAAACAUACACACACCUAUAUAUCUGGAUUGACUUCCCAUAUAUAUACACACAUCCCUAGACAUGUUAAUAAUUCGUGUCUGUAUAACCUCAAACACACUCUCUCUCUCUCUCUCUCUCUCUCUCUCUCUCUCUCUCUCUCUCUCUCUCUCUCUCUCUCUCUCUCUCUCUCUCUCUCUCUCUCUCUCUCUCUCUCUCUCUCUCUCUCUCUCUCUCUCUCUCUCUCUCUCUCUCUCUCUCUCUCUCUCUCUCUCUCUCUCUCUCUCUCUCUCUCUCUCUCUCUCUCUCUCUCUCUCUCUCUCUCUCUCUCUCUCUCUCUCUCUCUCUCUCUCUCUCUCUCUCUCUCUCUCUCUCUCUCACUCUGUCUCGAAGCCUUGUCUCUGCCUUCACCUAAGAUAUAUAACAUUAAAAGGAAAGAGUAAAAAGAGAAUAUUUAUAUAUAUAGUUUGCCCCCUUCAAAUUCUAUAUAAGUUUAGUGAGAAAAAAGACAAAAUAGUUAUCCUUGUAUUUUCUUAUCGAUGCGUAACUGUACAGACAUAAUUAUUAGUUUAGAGCAGUGAAAACACCUCCUCCCACUCCCCCCUCCACCUCCCUUGCAAUAGCCUCACCCCCCCCCCCCCCUCCACAUACAUAGAUUAUCCUGAAGAAGCGCAAUCAAUAUAUAAAAGACACGAACACUUAAUAAUAAUAAUGAUAACAACAAUUGGUCAGUUUUUUUCUCUCUCAGCCAGAAUACGCUGUUUCGUCUAAGUCUUCCUUUUUACCUUCCUUACCUUACUUAGCCCAUAUAGCCGCUCUUGUGGAGGAAAACAUUGUGGUAAAGACAGAGAAAAUGAAGGAAAAAUAAUGUAGAUUCAGUGGGAUUGUUGAUGGCGAGGAGCACGAUCACUCAUUAACAGUGACACUUUCUGUUAAUUUUGUUUAGUGCCAUGCGUACACACACACACACACACACACACACACACACACACACACACACACGUCUCCUCUACAAAAUUAACCAAAUGGAAGUAUUCACUGCUAUCGUGAUCUUUUCCCUCUCAAAACGGCAAUGCAUGCUUGAAGAAAAUGUCUCCACCAGAUAUCAAUGUUUUUCUCUCCUCUCUUUUUUUACAAUGAACUUUUUUCUACUAUAAUGUGAGUGUUCUCUCCUUACUGGACGAGCGCAAGUUCUGAUUUCAACACCCUAACAGUCACUCCACGGCACGAUCGUUAUCUUCCCCUUGCAGGGCCGGGCGGCCGCUCCUCGCCCAGGCCCUCACCGCACCGUACCCGCCCUCCACCCACACAUACUUGCAAACUAACUAAGGCAGAGGCAUUACAAGAAAAUUGAAAUUAGGUAAAAAAAAUCGAAAAUUUGCUUCAUAAUUAUAGUUGUUUAUCACAGUGGAUCCGACUGCAUAUUUCUUACUUGUAGAAAUACAAAUACAUAUGUAGAAAAUGUUUGAAAUAUCCUUUACUACUAUAGAGGUUAUUUAUCUUUAUUGUUCAGGUUUGUGUAAUCAGGGAAAUUAGGUCAUUGUCACGAACAACUCGCCCUGGUACCGUAACAUCCAUGGUAACACAAAAACAAGCUGUUGGUUGACAAAGCAAAACUGCCGGUACAGUAUAUUGAAAAAUAUAAUAUAAGUUUGUGUAGUCAUUACUGAGCCAUCUUACAUAGGAUCAAUGUUGUGUUAUAUUUAGAUGAAGAUAAAAAAAAAGAGAUAUAUAUAAAUAUAUAUUUAUUGCAUGCCUUAAUUGUUCCUUACAGUCUAUGUUCAGUAUUAUAAAGCAAAUAUAUCUAUAGAAUAUAUACAUACAGUACU